CAGUUCAGUAGAAACUAAGCAGUUGAACUCUUGUCUCCUCCUGCGAUGCUUCUUGAUGCUUCUCCGUUUUUAAAACUCCUCUUUCCUCUUCCUCCUCCUCUCCUUCCUCUGAUUCUUCGUCCUCUUCCUCUGAUUCUUCCUCCUCUUCCUCCUCCUCUCCUCCUCUCGCUGUCCUGGGGAAACUGUCGCUCUCCGAUGUGACUCGGGUCGUGCGUCCUCGCGGGGCUGCAGUGUGCGCGGCCGUCAUCAUGUCUUAUCCUCCGGGCUUCCUCUUCCAGCCGUCCGUGUCUCUGGCUCUUCCCUCGGUUCCGUCCUUCGGCUCCCGGCUCAUCUUGGGCCCGAGGACGGAGGAGCUCGGCCGCUGCUCUUCGGGCUCCGCCUUCGCUCCGUACUCGGGUUCGGUGACUUCUUCUCCCGGAUUCAACUCGCACCGCGCGUACGGCGCAGAGCCGCGGGCCUCGUUCGUGAGUCCUGGGUUCGACCCGUCCUCGGGCCUCUCCGCCCCCCUGGACUACCACCCGUUCGGGGCCCUGGGGCCCUACGCGUACGGAGACCCCGCCUAUAGGAAGAACGCCACGCGGGACGCCACGGCCACGCUGAAGGCCUGGCUGAGCGAGCACCGCAAGAACCCGUAUCCCACCAAGGGCGAGAAGAUCAUGUUGGCCAUCAUCACCAAGAUGAGCCUGACGCAGGUCUCCACCUGGUUCGCCAACGCCCGGCGCCGCCUGAAGAAGGAGAACAAGAUGACGUGGACGCCACGGAACCGCAGCGAGGACGAGGACGAGGAGGACAACGUCGACCUCCUGGAGCAGAACGACGAGGACGCGGACGCGAGGACUCACACAGACGAGACGCGGAGCAACGCCGCGGACUCCUGUGGUCUGACGUACAGAGACGACGGCGGCAGAAGAAGCAGUGACGCUGAUGUGGACCUCACAGAGUCGGGGGCCCACGUCCUGGGCCCCACCUCGUCAGGGGCCCCUCUUCAGAACACGCCACUCGUGACUGUAAGAGUUUCGGCGCUGGAGCGCACGUCGAGCCCGUCAUCCAAGGAGCACGGAGGCUCCUGCAACGCCAUCCGGGGGCCAAACCCGGCCCCUAAACCCAAACUGUGGUCGCUGGCUGAGAUCGCCACAUCCUCGGACAAGACGAGAGGCUCUGAUGACUGUUCACGGAGCGGGGGGGCCGGGCGGCAGCAGGCCGCGGGGCCCCCCUCCUCCACGCCACGGACCCUUUUCCCCCACAGCCUCUACUACACCUCCCCCUUCCUUCCGGGGUUCUCCAGCUACGGCCCCGUGGGGCCCCUGCACCCCGGCCCCGGCUCACAUGUCGCCACGGCGACUCAGUUAAACGGAUUAACGCUGCAGCGAGCGGAGGCGUCGGCCCGAGACUCUAAACUCCUCAGUCAGCUGGAGCUGCACGCGUAGACGGAAGUGUUGCAUUGUGGGACAGAUUCAACUGGAGGAAGAAACAUUCUGCGUUUUUCGGUGAGAUGAUGUUUGUGACGUUGUUUUUUUCUGCACAGAACAUGAAGGAUGAUUAAAAGUUAGUUUUAUUAAUAAACAACUGGUCACGUGACGUUUUUAACACAAAUCACAAAACGAUCAGCAGAAAAGAAACUCAAGUCAAGUCAACGUUAUUGUCAAUUCCUGCAAUAUGUUCCAGACAUACAGAGGAAAUGAAAAUCCGUUUCUCACAGUGCAAUAG